AUGCCUAUAUGUAGGAGAAAUAUAUGUUCUGCUGAUUGUGAGCAAGAUUUGGUGGAUGAUGCGAUGCACGAUAACACUAUAAGUAGCGGCCGGACAUCAAACUAUGAACCAAGAGUUGGAAUGAUUUUUAAUACUCUUGAUGAAGCAUGGGAUUGUUGGCAAAAUUAUGGGAAGCUGAUGGGAUUUGGGGUUAGAAUAAAUUAUCGCAAUAAAAGCCAAAAGGAUGGGGUAUAUAAUAACGCAGUUUUCGUUUGUCGUAAGGAGGGUAAAAGAGCUGCAGAUAAAAGGAGGGUGGGAGUCGUCCAUCGAUGGGAAGAAAGAACAUCAUGCAAGGCUAAGUUAAAUGUAGUUUUGGAGAGGUCGACUGGAAAGUACAAGAUUAAAGAGUUCGUUGCGGAACAUAAUCAUGAACUUGAGCCUCCAGAAACGAGUCAUAUGUUGAGGUCCCAUAGGCAAGUGAGCCGGGCCGCCGCCGCUGCUAUUGAUUUGGCACAUGAUGCCGGACUCACCCCAAAAGCAACACACCACUUGAGGAUUAGAGAAGCAGGAGGUUGGGAUAAAGUUGGAUAUAUAUUGGAAGAUCAAAAGACUUACUUGCGCUCGAAAAGAGAAAAAAACAUGGUGUAUGAUUCGAGGAUGAUUGUUGAUUAUGGUGAUUUUGGCGAUGUAAUUACAUUUGACACCACUUAUGGCACAAAUAAAGAAUUGAGGCCCUUGGGUGUGUUCACGGGAUUUAAUCAUCACAGGCAAAUGGUAAUUUUCGGUGGUGCACUUUUGUAUGAUGAGACUGCUGAUUCAUUUGCAUGGCUUUUUGAAACGUUCUUGAAUGCUCAUGGCGAUAAAGAGCCGCAAACCAUUUUUACAGAUCAAGAUGCGGCUAUGGCGAAUGCUUUGGCAAAAGCUGAUGACUCAAGCGCCGGACACCGCUUCUCCGUCGUCGGGAGGCUGAUGACUCAAAUCACCGGUUCUGGGAAUCGGGUCGCCGGGACAGAUGCAGGUCUGCCGGGUUCGUCGCCUGAAGAUGGUCAGAGGUGCUCGUCCCUUCGCUGCAGCAGUCGUAAAUUGGCGGUUGCCGUGCGUAUCUCGGCGGUUUGGGUCCACAAAAUGGAGGUUGCCCGCCGGGUUAGGGGUCGUCGGUCUCCUCCUUCGUCGUCGGACCUCUCUGCGGACAGGGCUUCGGGGAUGGCUGUGGCUCUCCUGAAAUGUACGGAUGGCGCCGGAGAUAAGGAAAAACGGGAGGAAGAAAAUUUGCCAGAUCUAGUUUUGGAGAAACUUAAGAAGAAUAUCUGUGAACUUUAA